CAUGAUGACUUGUAUUGGCGACGUCUUUGGCUUCCUUGGCUCGGUACUGCUGGAUUGGUUACGCGCUUUGGUGAAUGCUACAAAGUCGUCGAUCCAGGACUGGUUCUGAUUAAUCCUGUUACAGAAGGCAUCAAGAGGAUUGAUAUUACCAUCCAAAUCACGGAUAUCCCAUCCCAAGAAGUCAUGACCAAGGAUAAUGUCAGCAUAACUAUGGAAUCUGUCUUGUAUUGGCGAGUCGUGGCUCCCUAUGAUGCGGAAUACCUGGUCGAAGACGUCAUGACCGCACUUAUUGAAAGGGCACAAACUGUUUUGCGUAACGUCUGUGGUCAGCAUUCCUUUCAAGAUCUUAUCGAGAACCGUGAUACCAUAUCGCGCGAGAUCCAAGAGGCUAUUAACCCUGCAGCUCAAAAGUGGGGUGUCGAGAUUGAAGCUACCCUUGUCAAGGAUAUCGGCAUCUCUACGCAACUCCAAGAGUCACUGUCAUCUGCAGCUACGGCAAAACGCCUCGGUGAAUCGCGUGUGAUUGCUUCGCAAGCUGAAGUGGAAGCUGCCAAGUUGAUGCGUGAAGCAGCUGAUACCUUGAGCACACCUGCCGCUAUGCAAAUCCGCUAUCUAGAUACGUUGACAUCCAUGGGUCGUCACGGUCAAGGUCCAAAGACAAUCUUUAUGCCGAUGCCCGGCUCUGGCGGACCCAAAUCCCUGGGUUUUAUGGAUGAGGUCUCUUCCUCGUCCAAGCAGUAG